GCCCUGCCCGCCCAACGUCGGCGCGGAAGGCAGGGCGAGGAGUCGCCCGGGCUGUGACACGCACAAGGCAGGGAGCCGCAGAAAAGGGGGACUGAAUUGCUACUUAGUCCAGGAGAGGUGGCUCACCCCUGUAAUCCCAGCACUUUGGGAGGCCAAGGCAGGCGAAUCACUUGAGGUCAGGAGUUCGAGACUAGCCUGACCAACGUGGUGAAGCCCCGUCUGUAUUAAAAAUACAAAAAUUAGCCGGGCGUGGUGGCCCGCGCCUGUAGUCCCAGGUAUUCUGGAAGCUGAGGCGGGAGGACCGCUUGAACCCAGGAGGUGGAAGUUGCGGUGAGCCCAGAUCGUGCCACUGCACUUCAGCCUGGGCGACAGAGUGAGACUCCGUCUCAAAAAUAUAAAUAAAUAAAAAAUAAAAACUAAAUAAAAGAAUUACUACUUAGUAGCCAAGGAUUGUUACGGCGCGGGGACGGGGGAUACAGCGGUUGUUAAGGGGGUCCUUGGGGGCAGGACCAUUUUAGGUGCAGGAUAAGGGAGCAGGGCUCUCUUUUCCUCUCCUUUUCUUUUUAAAAUUUUUACUUUUUUUUUUUUUUUUUUUGACAGCUCUUGCUCUGUCGCUCAGGCUGGAGUGCAGUGGCGCGAUCUCAGCUCACUGCAGCCUGUGCCUCCUGGGCUCAAGUGAUCCUCUUGCCUUAGCCUCCCGAGUAGCUGGGACUACAGACGCCCGCCACCACCCCGGCUAAUGUUUGUAUUUUUUGUAGAGAGGGAUUUCGCCAUGUUGCCCAGCCUGGUCUCGAUCAUCCAGCCUCGGCCUUCCAGAGUACUGAGAUUACAGGCGGAAGCGCCCGACUCCUAGGGCUAUUUUUUGAUAAUUGGACUCGACUCUCCUCACCCACUCCUUCCUUAGCCAAAUCUACUGAGAAACGACUUUCAGGUGGACUCCCCCUCCACCCAUCCGAGGGCAAACUCCUGCCGGACUGUAAGACCUUGGCCGCCCUCUCGCCUGGCCUGGGUCCCUCGAAUGAAUGUACAUCCGCCAACUGCGCGGCCCCUCCCACCGCAGCCCCGCGCGGGGCCCCAGGAUCGCAGGACCGCGGCGGCCGCAGGGAGGUGGGUUGGGAACAGGAAGGAAGUCCCCCUCGAUGCCCCGCGGGAUGGCUGACCCUUCCGGGCGGCAGACGGACCUUGGUCUCCGAGCCUCCCCUUCGCGAUGCGGAGGACGCGGGACAGAGGCCACCAUGUUCAGCCAGCAGCAGCAGCAGCAGCUCCAGCAACAGCAGCAGCAGCUCCAGCAGUUACAGCAGCAGCAGCUCCAGCAGCAGCAAUUGCAGCAGCAGCAGUUACUGCAGCUCCAGCAGCUGCUCCAGCAAUCCCCACCACAGGCCCCGUUGCCCAUGGCUGUCAGCCGGGGGCUCCCCCCGCAGCAGCCACAGCAGCCGCUUCUGAAUCUCCAGGGCACCAACUCAGCCUCCCUCCUCAACGGCUCCAUGCUGCAGAGAGCUUUGCUUUUACAGCAGUUGCAAGGACUGGACCAGUUUGCAAUGCCACCAGCCACGUAUGACACUGCCGGUCUCACCAUGCCCACGGCAACACUGGGUAACCUCCGAGGCUACAGCAUGGUAUCCCCAGGCCUCACAGCCCCCAGCCUGACAGCCCCCAGCCUCACACCCCCACAACUGGCCACUCCAAAUUUGCAACAGUUCUUUCCCCAGGCCACUCGCCAGUCCUUGCUGGGACCUCCUCCUGUUGGGGUCCCCAUGAACCCUUCCCAGUUCAACCUUUCAGGACGGAACCCCCAGAAACAGGCCCGGACCUCCUCCUCUACCACCCCCAAUCGAAAGGAUUCUUCUUCUCAGACAAUGCCUGUGGAAGACAAGUCAGACCCCCCAGAGGGGUCUGAGGAAGCCGCAGAGCCCCGGAUGGACACACCAGAAGACCAAGAUUUACCGCCCUGCCCAGAGGACAUUGCCAAGGAAAAACGCACUCCAGCACCUGAGCCUGAGCCUUGUGAGGUGUCCGAGCUGCCAGCAAAGAGAUUGAGGAGCUCAGAAGAGCCCACAGAAAAGGAACCUCCAGGGCAGCUACAGGCGAAGGCCCAGCCGCAGGCCCGGAUGACAGUACCGAAACAGACACAGACACCAGACCUGGUGCCUGAGCACCUGGAAGCCCAAGUGCUGCCACAAUUCCAGCCACGGGUCCUGCAGGUCCAGGCCCAGGUGCAGUCACAGACUCAGCCGCGGAUACCACCCACAGACACCCAGGUGCAGCCGAAGCUGCAGAAGCAGGCACAAACACAGACCUCUCCAGAGCACUUAGUACUGCAACAGAAGCAGGUGCAGCCACAGGUACAGCCACAGGCACAUUCACAGGGCCCAAGGCAGGUGCAGCUGCAGCAGGAGGCAGAGCCGCUGAAGCGGCUGCAGCCCCAGGCACGUUCACAGCCCUCAAGGCAGGUGCAGCUGCAGCUGCAGAAGCAGGCCCAGACACAGACGUAUCCACAGGUCCACACACAAGCACAGCCAAGGGUCCAGCCACAGGAGCAGCCUCCAGCGCAGGUGUCAGUACAGCCACCAGAGCAGACCCAUGAGCAGCCUCAGACCCAGCCACAGGUGUCGUUGCUGGCUCCAGAGCAAACACCAGGUGUGGUUCAUGUCUGCGGGCUGGAGAUGCCACCUGAUGCAGUGGAAGCUGGUGGAGGCAUGGAAAAGACCUUGCCGGAGCCUGUGGGCACCCAAGUCAGCAUGGAAGAGAUUCAGAAGGAGUCGGCCUGUGGCCUAGAUGUGGGAGAAUGUGAAAACAGAGCGAGAGAGAUGCCAGGGGUAUGGGGCGCCGGGGGCUCCCUGAAGGUCACCAUUCUGCAGAGCAGUGACAGCCGGGCCUUUAGCACUGUACCCCUGACACCUGUCCCCCGCCCCAGUGACUCCGUCUCCUCCACCCCUGCGGCUACCAGCACUCCCUCUAAGCAGGCCCUCCAGUUCUUCUGCUACAUCUGCAAGGCCAGCUGCUCCAGCCAGCAGGAGUUCCAGGACCACAUGUCGGAGCCUCAGCACCAGCAGCGGCUAGGGGAGAUCCAGCAUAUGAGCCAAGCCUGCCUCCUGUCCCUGCUGCCCGUGCCCCGGGACGUCCUGGAGACAGAGGAUGAGGAGCCUCCACCAAGGCGCUGGUGCAAUACCUGCCAGCUCUACUACAUGGGGGACCUGAUCCAACACCGCAGGACACAGGACCACAAGAUUGCCAAACAAUCCUUGCGACCCUUCUGCACCGUUUGCAACCGCUACUUCAAAACCCCUCGCAAGUUUGUGGAGCACGUGAAGUCCCAGGGGCAUAAGGACAAAGCCAAGGAGCUGAAGUCGCUUGAGAAAGAGAUUGCUGGCCAAGAUGAGGACCACUUCAUUACAGUGGACGCUGUGGGUUGCUUCGAGGGUGAUGAAGAAGAGGAAGAGGAUGAUGAGGAUGAAGAAGAGAUCGAGGUUGAGGAGGAACUCUGCAAGCAGGUGAGGUCCAGAGAUAUAUCCAGAGAGGAGUGGAAGGGCUCGGAGACCUACAGCCCCAAUACUGCAUAUGGUGUGGACUUCCUGGUGCCCGUGAUGGGCUACAUCUGCCGCAUCUGCCACAAGUUCUAUCACAGCAACUCAGGGGCACAGCUCUCCCACUGCAAGUCCCUGGGCCACUUUGAGAACCUGCAGAAAUACAAGGCGGCCAAGAACCCCAGCCCCACCACCCGACCUGUGAGCCGCCGGUGCGCAAUCAACGCCCGGAACGCUUUGACAGCCCUGUUCACCUCCAGCGGCCGCCCACCCUCCCAGCCCAACACCCAGGACAAAACACCCAGCAAGGUGACGGCUCGACCCUCCCAGCCCCCACUACCUCGGCGCUCAACCCGCCUCAAAACCUGAUAGAGGGACCUUCCUGUUCCCCGCCUGCCUGGGUCCAGAUCUGCUAAUGCUUUUUAGGAGUCUGCCUGGAAACUUUGACAUGGUUCAUGUUUUUACUCAAAAUCCAAUAAAACAAGGUAGUUUGGCUGUGCA